UAUGCCAAAAGCACCCAGAGAGCAGGAGAAGAGGCAGAAAUGGCAAUGGACAUAUCGAUAUCACAACAAUGACUCCACAGCACUUGCAGAGUGAAGUGCACACUGGAUUUUAACACUUGGAAUUGAUGACACUUAUUUAUAUAUUGAGGUUUGGGGAAUUUUUCGUCUGUCUAAAUGCUGUCACUGAGGAAAAUGCACUCCAGAGCAAAGUCCCGAAGUUGUGACAACUACCUGAGUAUUAAGGACGCUGAGUCUUUGGACAACUGUAUCCAGAGCACCUUGUCGGCCUUGUACCGCCCCUUCAGUGCCACGGCUGCCACUGUCCUGUGGCAGCUCUUCAGUGUUGUGGAAAGACAGUACCGUGGGGACGGCCUCCGCUGCUUUGUUGACUUCUUGCUUCCUGCGAAGAGGAUCCUGCAGAUCAUCCAACAAGAAACCUGUGUCAGGUUCAGGGGCUUGCUGUUUUAUCAUGAGGGGUGGCCUCUCUGCAUCCACGAGAAAGUUGUCCUCCAACUUGCCCCUCUGCACAAAGUGCGACUAAAGCAAGGAGACUUCUACCUUCAGAUAGUUCCUUUAGGCCGCAAGACUGCCAAGCUUGUAAUAAAAUGCCUGUCAGCCAGUGGGCAGGCAAUUGCAGAAAUCCCUAUUGCAGAGAGCAUGUACGGCAGCAUCUUCACAGUUGAGUUCUUGCAGAAUGUAACACGUGACCGAAACCUGUACCCGCUACAGAACUGUCUGCUUACCACUGGUACAGCUGUGUACAGGACACCGUGGAAGAACGUGGUCAACCCACUGUUUGUGAACAGCACGGCGGACGCCAUCAUGCAAGCACGUAGCAGCAGCGGUGGCUUCCGUGGCCAUCUCAGCACCUGCAGCACCAGCGGGUCAACAGGGACCCUGGACAGUCACCGCAGCUCUCGAGAGUCCCUGCAUUCUCAGGGAGCUGACUCCAUUUUUUCUGAGCCCACUUCCCCAAACAGAAACCACAUAGACCACAGCUGUGAGAGCAGUUUGAAGGCAACAGACACUUCUACACCUGUCUCUAGGAUGGAAAGACCCACAGAAGAUUGCGGGGUUGGACGGGGGAAUGAGGAGGGUCCUGGGAGAGAAAGAGGACCAGGAUCCAAGAUGCUUUCUUUUAGCACAGACCUCAGUAACCCAGGUCCUCGUCGACGCCUCCCAAGGGACUCUGUGGCAUUUGAAAGCAGGAGACUUUUCAGGAAAUCAUACAUGGAGGCCCUGCAAAACCCCAUGAGUCUUGGGUCAAGCUCUGAGUCCAUCCUGGAGGAAAGUCCAGAACACAAUACCGGACUAAACCUCAGAGAGAGAGCAUUGACACCUGGCAGCAGCCCAGACACCCGGACAUCCAGAGAGCACUUAUCUUGGAGGCUGGGCAGCAGGGGCUGGCUCAGCGGGGACGACUCCAGGCCCAGCACACCUUUACUGUAUCUACAGAGAGGGUUACGGAGUGCCGAGAGACGGGCAGAAAGACGUUCCAAGUCACUGGAGAGGACUAACAAGUCAGGCCAAGUUAAAGGCCACAGAGAGAGAUCCUCCUCUGGAGGAUCUGCUAGCAUCUCACCCAAAAAGCUGAUGAAUGGCUAUGCAAUCCUGUUUGGGAAAGUGGAUGUGGAGGCAGCUUUUCCUGGUUCAGAGAGAAGGAGCAGUAAAGACGAGACAGGACAACAUGAUGGCAGUAUCAGCAGUGAAAGCAGGCGGAACAGACAUAAUGGAGUAGAGAUGCACAGUCCGAAAGCUAAUGGGACGGCCUUCAGACUGGCCUCAUCACCAGGCUCUACCUCUGUCUGUAACCUAACCAUACCCAAACUGGUGUCGGAGGUCAAUCAGGAGCUUCUCACAUCGGGCGCCAUCAUUUUGCCAGGAAACAGAGAUCGCAGUGGGAGGUCAGUCCUGCAGGUGUGCACGAGAGCUCAGGUGUGGACUGGUGAGAGCUGCACGGUCAGUGACUUCACCUGUUUACUGGGCUACUACUACUCCACGCUGCGGAAAGAAAGGCGUGAUCAAGGUCUGACUGUUGUAAUAGACAGCAGGAGGCAGCAGCCUGUUCCAGCUUUGUUGUCUUCUCUGUCUGAAUUACAGGCUUUACUACCAAAUGCACUUUACUCACUUCUGUUCCUGGUGGACAAGGAGACAGCAGCAAAACCUGAAAAAAAUGAGAGAGACUUGUGUGUACAGACUGAGAUUCUCUCAUCUCUGAAGGCCCUGCUGAAGCACAUCGAUCAAACCCAGCUCACACGAGACCUGGAGGGCUCCUUCCAUUAUGACCACAACCACUGGAUCCACUUCAGACAGAAAAUUGAACCAUUUGCCAGCAGUUGUAGCGCAGCCAUCUCAUCCCUCCAGGAGUCUAUCAACACACUCAACAACAACAGCAACCUAAAGACCUCUAAGGAGGUGUCUGAGGUGAUGGAGCAGCAGAAACAUCUUAUGAAGUGUGUGUUAGAUGACACUCGCCUAAACAGACUGCGUCUAGAAGGAGGCACUAUCCUCGCUCGCAUUAGGAAGGAAGAAGCAAGUGAGAAUGAAAACUACAGGGAUACUGUAGACAUGUUGAAUACAUUGUACAACCAGGUAGAUGAAGAGGUCCAUAAGCUGGUGAUCCUCUCCAACAAGUCACAGAAACAGUUGGAGAGCCUGCUGGAGGUCUGCAAGUUUGAGGACCAAACACAACAGAUCAAGGUAUGGUUUAGUGUCGAGGGAGAGAAGCACCUCAAAAGCUUGGAAUCGCUAACUUUGUCUGGGACCAAAAUUAAGGAAAUGAGAGAAGGCUUGGACCAGUUUCUGGAGGAGUCGGUGCACCAGCAGAGGCAUGGCCUGCAGCUGGUCAAAGAGUCACCUGAGAUGCUCCCUGGCUCGGUUCUCCUAGACUUUAAGCAGCAUCUGGGUUCAAUCUUAAGUAGAGUGGAGAGAAGGAAGAACCAGUUAGAUAUCCUGACCAACCUGUAUGAGUUCUAUGACUCCGUCAACCAGUGGAUGGAGCACUGCCAGGACUAUUUCCGUCACCUGAGCCUGGACAGUGGAGGUGCCAGACUUUCACCCUCUGUGGUGCAGGUCCUGCAGGAUUACUACACCGAAGCAUCAAAGUUUUCCUCUGACAACUUCAGCUCCCUGAAUGACAUGGUGCUGUCUCUGGACAGUCCUCAGCAGCUGCAGCAGUGGAACACAGUGUGGCACAAAUGUCAGCAGACCAAGCAGCAGCUGGAAGAUGCUUUGGCUCAAGCCAUGACGACAGCAUCUAAUUCAUCAGUUCCUGAGACAGAGGCUGUUGAAAGCCAGAUUUCCACUGAAGAACAACAUGGAGCUAAUGGAUGUUUGCUUUUACCUGUGGAGGACACCAAGCCUCAUUCUGCUGGGCCUUUCACCAAUAGCCCCUCUGCUUCAUUAUCUUCCUCCUCACACUUUAUUUUCCCAGACUGUGACAGUAAACUGAGGCAGAGUCCAUCCAUGUUUGACGACACAGACAGCGACUGCACCAUCGACUCCACUAUCUCCUGCCACUCGGAGCCUGUUUACUCCGGGACCUCCCGCCUCCGCAAGCAGCCAAUGAAGAAGAUCAUGAAGAAGACCAUGAGCUAUGAGCUGACCCCACGGGACAGCGGCCACUCGGACGCUAGUCACAUUCACGGUUACACAGGUGUGUACAUCAAGGGCCUGGAGGUGGCCAAUAAUGUGUCUGCGGAGAAGAAGCUGCAGAGGCCAGAUGUGAUGAGCCCAGCGCUAGGACGUAGCCGCAGCAUGUCCACACCGUCCAGGAUCCACAACAGACACAGCGAUGGAGAUGUAAAGAAGCAGAGCAAUAAAGUGCAGCACAUUAUGGAUGAGAUGAUUUCCACAGAGAGGGAGUACGUUCGCUCUCUUAGCUACAUCAUUGAGCACUAUUUUCCCGAAAUGGAGAGACUGGACUUGCCUCAGGAUCUGCGUGGGAAGCGCAGCAUCAUUUUUGGCAACGUGGAAAAACUGUGGGAUUUCCACAGCCAGUACUUCCUGAAGGAGUUGGAGUCGUGCGCCCACUGCCCACUGUCCAUCAGCAGCUGUUUUCUCAGACAUGAGGAUCAGUUUGGAAUGUAUGCUCUGUACAGCAAGAAUAAGCCUCAAUCCGACGCUCUGCUCUGCAGCCAUGGGAACGAAUUCUUUAAGAACAAACAGGUGGAGCUCGGGGAUAAGAUGGACCUGGCGUCCUACUUACUGAAGCCCAUCCAGAGAAUGAGUAAAUAUGCCCUACUGCUGAAAGAUCUGAUCAAAGAGUGCAGCCAGUCCCAGGAGCAGGAGCUGAGUGACCUCCGCACUGCAGAGGAGAUGGUCAAGUUUCAGCUUCGCCAUGGCAACGACCUGCUGGCUAUGGAUGCCAUUCGAGGCUGUGAUGUGAACCUUAAAGAGCAGGGUCAACUCCGCUGCCAGGAUGAGUUCAUAGUCUGGUGUGGACGGAGGAAAUACCUCCGCCACGUCUUCUUGUUUGAAGACCUCAUCCUCUUCAGCAAGACCAAAAAGAUAGAAGGAGGAUAUGACAUUUACAUCUACAAACAAUCCUUCAAAACAGCAGAGAUAGGUAUGACUGAGAAUGUUGGUGAUAGUGGACUGCGUUUUGAGAUCUGGUUCCGUCGGAGGAAGUCACAGGACACGUUUAUACUUCAGGCUAGUUCUGCCGAAGUCAAAGCUGUUUGGACCACCAUUAUCGGGAAGAUCCUGUGGAGACAAGCCCUCAGAAACAGAGAGUUGCGCAUGCAGGAGAUGGUGUCCAUGGGGAUUGGAAGCAAACCUUUUAUGGACAUUAAGCCCAGCGAUGCAGCCAUCAGUGACAGAGCCAUUGACUAUAUCAUGAAGGGGUCAGAGUCGAGGACUCGUGCGUCCAUUGCUGUGCCGUCUUAUGAAUACUCCAUGUCAAUCAAGAGACCUCAUUCGACCAUCUCUAACAGCAGCACGUCGUCCUCCAGCAGCCAGUCGUCCUCAUCCCUGCUGGGCUCCCUCAACCUCCACAUGUACUCCUCACCCUCUCACCAACACCCUUACUCCAUGUCCACUGUGCCGUCUUUCGGCCAGUGGCCUUAUGACUGCAUAGAGGAAGACGAGCUGGAGCAGGACACAGGCAGCCAGCCCUCUAUGAUAACAGAGAGCUCAGAGACGUCUUCCCAGUGCACGUCCAGUGACAGUGUGACAGGACUGAGCACCCUCACCAUACCCGGGCACCCAAGCAUCUCCAUGGACUCCUUCAACAACAACAACAAUGAGCCCUCGUCCUUCCUCUGCUCCUCCACUCCUCCCUCCUCUGUGACGUCUCCUUCAAUUUUUCAGAAGGACGAGGAUCUCCAACCACAGGGCACCAAGUUCAUCACAGCAAGUAAGACUGCUCAUAUAGCAGUAGGCAUCUCCACUGUGGUCUGACUCAGAGCUGAGAGGUUUUUAGCUCACUGUGAAGUCCUUAAGCUGAGCACUACAUGAUACCGGAGCAGACUGCAUUUUGGACAAAGAGACAAAAAAAAAACGGAGUCCAGCUUUGGAGCACUAAGACUUUAAUGGCUGAUGUUACAAAAAGCAUUUCAUUAUGAUACUGUAAAUUGCAAUUUGACACAUAACAAACACUGUCAUGAUGGUACGUCAGUGAUCUGUACAUUUGUGUUAAUGAAUUAGUUAUAAUUCAGUGUUUAUACUGUAGAUGAGUUUUAUUAUGUAUUUUACAGAAGAAUAGCAGGCAGACCAAUCCAGAUGAUGUUUACUGUCCGUUUUCUUGUCACCAGUCCUGUGUUAUAACAUGUUUGUACAGAUAAUUAAAAUAUUCAAAACAUGUUA